UAAAGAUUUUAUGUCAGCAGAGUGAAAAAGACGUUGCCGGUAUUAUUAUCAUAUAUUAUAGAGUUAUGGAUUACGACUUGUGCAGAAUUGACUACUUUAUAAGCGGAAUCACAUAUCCUGACACUCUAAAAAUUUUACCAUCUCAAGGACAGAAACUGGAACAGAAGGUCGUAGUUGGGGAUAAAACCGGAGUUCUGCAAUGUUUGACCAUAAGAGACGAAGAACCAGUCAUUCAAUUUAAGACAUUGCCAGGCAAACCAAUUACCGCCGUACAAUUGACUUCUACAAACGGUACGCAACCAGACAAAAUAUUUGCAGCAUCGGGUAAUGAGGUUAAAGGUUACACCAAAAAAGGCAAAGUAUUCUUCUCUAUUGAGACAGCAUUGUCGGAGCCUGUGACGUCUAUGUGUGUUUUCGGUGGUGAUCUAAUACUAUGCAGUGGACGGACCAUCACAUUUUAUCGUGAUUCGAAGGAACAUCAGUCAUAUGUUUGUAAAGAUAGAGUUUUGGAUAUGGCAGCCUUUAUUGCACCGAAUAAUGCUAAGGUGCGACUGCUUCUUUUGAUUGCACAUAAAGGCGCGGGCAUAUUAGAGAAUGGACAUCUGGUAGCUCACAUAGCUAUAUCUUCUGGUCCCUCUCGAUUAGCGACACCGCCUGUUGCUCAAGUUGCAGAAAUUAAAUGUUUCUAUGGUGCGGCCGAUGGUUCUGUGGGUAUUAUUACCUAUGAAGAAACGACACUUUCAAGCAAUUGUCUUGUAGAAGGCCGAGGCCUAGGUUCUGUAGUGUGCCUUGGAUGGUUUUAUUCUAAUGCAAAUCUCCACCUCGCUGUAGGGCGAAACGAUGGAUCUGUUCAGCUCUAUCUCAUAGACGUUGAGAAUCUGCAUCUCAAACCAAGACUCAAAUUUACAUAUUUUUCUGGCGAACCUGUCACGUCGGUUGUUGGUGGAUGUGUAGGUACGGAUGAAGGAGAAUUACUAGUUGCAACUUUCUCAGGCCGAAUAUUCGCACUAAGGUCAAAGUUCCUUAUUGCUGGUUCGGUUACAAAAGCCUCUCAUGAAAAUCUAGCAGCGCGACGAUCAAAAUUGGAAAUUGAAAUUGUUCGAUUAGAAAAACAAACUGCCAAUGAAAGAGAAAAAUAUCAAAGGAAUUCGAGAUCAUUACAGGCAGGGCUUUCAACACCACCUCUUCUUGAUAUUGAGCACAAGAUGUCAGGAGCGACACGAGAGGGUUGGCAAGAGGUUGAUAUAACAUCAGCAGUACCAUUGGACAUGCUGUUCAUUUAUUGUAGUAAGAAACUAAAAUUACUGACUGACAGCGCUGCUGUCCUCAGCGUGUGCUCAUCGCAGGAUUCGGCGUCUGAUUUGUUAGCAACUGUAAGAUGUCAAGCAGGUACGAGGCGUAUUUGGCUCCGUUUGCGUGUUGCAUCAACUAAUUCAACGGUUUUAGAGUCCACACGCGUAUUAAUAUACGCAUUACCGACAGGCGCGCCAAGAGUUGCAAGACUUUUAUCAAUAAAGCUACCAGCAUUGCCGUACUAUUCACAGCACGAGGAAUUUGAUGAAAAUAAUGACCACAGCAUAAAGUCUUGGUGUCAACUCCACGUAACGGGUGGUUUUUCCGUUGCUGAAAUGACUUUCUGGCUAUCAGAUAUUUUACCCGGUGAUUUACCGAGGCCUGCGUCAAAUGUGGCUUUUUUACGUGUUCAUUCUCUUUUGGGAACGAAAUUAUAUUGCCAGUAUCAACGAGGUUCAGCUGUAUUUAAGUCAAACAAUAUUUCUACUGUAUCAUCAGUGAGAAGUAUUAUAUCAAAUUGUUCAAUAGACAAAAGAAUAAGAGUGGAAAUAUCGUGCGAUAUUCCUGAUGAUUGUUGUUUGAAAUCAUUCAAAUUGAUUGAAAACAUCAUUAGUAUUGCAUAUGAAAAGAAAAACCAAGUCACUCUGGCGAAGGCUUUAGAUUUACUAGAACUGGACACCAAGGCAAUUAACGCCGAAAAACCUGUUUUAUGUAAAGAAUAUUAUACAGUUUUGAAAAAUUCAGAAAGUGAAAUAUUACAAUCAAAUUUUGAUGAACUCAUAGAUAUUGUUGUACAAUGGUACUUGGAUUGGCGCUCAUUAUCUGUUAAUGGUAACAACACAGUGGAUCAAUCAAAUAAAUUGUGUACCCUAUUAAAAGACUAUAAGCUUGAUGAUGUAACAAAAGUUCUUUCAGAACUAACAGAAUUUAAUCAUACUUGUGAAUAAAAAUCUUUCGAGCAAAA